UGUUCUCUCCCUCUCAGUUGGCCGCGAUUCAGCAACGGGUCUAUGCGUCCGUCCCGAUCGCAAACGGGCAGAAACAGAACCGGCGAGAGAUAACGCGAAAGCUUUAUAAAAGGCAAAAACUUUCUCUCUUUUUCCUACCAUUUUUUUUCUUUUUCUUUUCUUUUCUUUUCAUUUACCUCUUUAGGAUUCCGUUCUUUCUUUUAUAUAUAUAUUUGUUUGAGAAAGAGAGAGAAAGAAACGUUUAUUGUCAUUCGCGUUCGACAUCAGGGAAUUUGUUUAGUGGUCUCUUUUAGAGGAUGCUUUUUUUUACCAAAGAAGAAGAAGAUGAAGACAAGUUUAGUGAAAAGAAUGAUACAUUAUUUACGAUUAUAUUCUACGUUUAUGGCUUAACAUUGGAAAAAACAAAGUUAUGCUAAAGUCUCGUCAUGUUCAUCGGAGGAAAAUAGAAAUAUAUGCGAGUUGGAUUUCAAAAAAUAGAGAAAUGAAGUGCGUCGUUUCGAAGAGGAACAUUUUCAAUGGAUAAUUAUUGUUAUUAAAUAUGUUGCUACUACGUUAUGAUUAUCUUGAGAUUUCUAAAAAACAUCGAGUAUGAAAGUUCGACUCUAUGAAUCCUAUGAAAAGGAUAUUUCCAUGAAAGAUUCGAUUUGUCGAGCUUGCGAUAGACGAUAAAGAGAGAAAGAGAGAUAGAAAGAGAGAGAGAGAGAGGUGGGUGGGUCGUCGGUUGAAAGUUUCAUCGAAUUUGGUACGGUCUAUCGAAUGCGUAAGAACGCUUAUGGACGAAGGAAAACGAGUGGACAGGUUUUUAAAGCGAGAAAGAAGUAGAAGAAGGGGAAGGAGGAAAGUUAAGAGGAAAGUAAGCAAGAAACGGGGGAAGAAGGAAAGAGUUUAAAGUUCCCGAGCAUCCUAAUCCUUUCUAAGGGGGUAUUGUCGAUUAAACAUCGAACAAGAUAUCUACUUAGUCAAUGUAUAUUAAAAUACUACAAGAAAAUAUGAAAAUAAAAGUCAAACCGAGACCACCGGAUCGGAUCGAAUCGGAUUGGAUCGAAUCGGAUUGGAUCGAAUCGGAUUGGAUCGAAUCGGAUUGGAUCGGAUCUGUCUUUUUUGUUUAGGAUUUCAUUCUUUCUUUCGAUGUUUUGUUUACGUUGAAAGCGCGGUUUUCUUGCUCGAGGCCGUAUAUAUGUAACCAUUUAAGCAGCGAGAUCGCAAUUAAUGUCAGUCGAGUUCUCGUCUCCGUCUUCUUUAUGCAUUUCAAAAAGUUGCUACAUUAUCUCUAUUCAGAAUAGAAAAGCCAAUUCUCACCUUACCGAACGUAUAAUAUAGGUUCUUUAGGUGAUAAAAAGGACAGAAAGAAAAACUUUGAUUUCUUUGUUUUGGGUGCCAUUGCCAUUCCUAUUUGAUUUUUAUCGGUUUCUAUAUCCUACAGGGAUUAUCUAUGUACAUAUACAAUUGAAGUAUAAGUCGCAGUGUAAUAUAAUCAUCGUUCGUAUAUAACUUAAGAAUGAUCAAUGUUAACGAGAAUACCCGUUUAGCGUAUUAAGAUUGAGGAUUACCACGGGGACCAUAAUUAUUUCAAAAGGAUUCGUCGUGAGUUUGAUUAGAAUCUAUGAGUUUCCUCGCACGCGAACGAAAGGAAGAAGGGAAAAUUCAUUUAACGAAGUCACAACUUGUCCGAUCGCUAAGACCGACCUUCUUCUCCUUCUUCUUCUCUCUGCUGCUACUUCCUCAAUGGAAAAAGGAACGAUGCCUUCGAUUUGCAUACGAAUGCAUUAAAGCACGAUGAUGGAUUGAGGUAUAGAGAGGAAACGAUAACGGAAUAAAACGAAGAUUAAAUAAAAUGAACGUUUUAUCGGAUCUUCGAUGAGACAGACAGACCUCGAAGGUUUGACGAGGUUCUUUUUCGGUGAGGUGAAGUGAAGAGAGGAGAGAAGAAGACGACAAAAAUGAAGAGAGAAAAAGAGAGAGAGAGAGAGAGAGAGAAAGAGAGAGAAAGAGAGAGAAAGAGAGAGAAAGAGAGAGAGGUGGUACGCGUUAGAAACUGCUAGAGACUGAAGGCGACAAUAACCAAAAGACUAGAGUUAAGUGCAACUUUGACAAUAAAUAACCCAAGGCUGAUACUAGAAGGAAAAAGAGGAUACUACUGGGUACGUCGUUGCCUAUGGGAUCUUGAUGUCUACUACACGGGUAAAGGGGACUUUGCACGUACACCUACGUAAAUCGCAUAGCUCUUCCCGACGAUAAAGAACCAAACAGGGUUUUCUCGUUCGAAAAAAAAUAAACGAUGUUCUCUAUACACUCUCGAUGGUAAUACAACAUUUUUUUUUCUUUCCCAAAGAAGGGGACCCAGAGUUUAUUCUAGGAGAAUUGAUAACAACCAACCAACCAACCAACCAACAAACCAACCAACCAUCUGAGAAAAGUAUCCAAGAAAUCUCGCAUAAACUAAAUCUUUGAAAAUUCGUACGAAUCUUUGUACGAAUUUUUAGAAACUUAUCAAGAAAUAAAAAGAGAGAGAGAGAGAGAGAGAGAGAGAGAGAGAAAGAGAGAGAGAGAGAGAGAGGAGGGGGUCCAAAGGGAGAAGAGAUGUCACUGAAUCAUAGAUAUUACGUGACAACGGUACCGGACGAAGCCGAGGACAGCUUUAAAAUGCCCAGAGCUUCCGUGGUACAUAUGACGUCGACUGCAACGAAACCGCAGCACAUGUCGCAGGUUUUGGCGACCCUGGCUCUUUCCAUGGGAACGUUGUCCUCUGGCUUGGCAAAAGGCUACACCUCGCCUGCAUUGGAUUCAAUCUUGGAUAAACAACCGCCUACUCUCUAUCAAUCCUCUAACAACGAUACGUGGGCGGUUUUCUCAGUGACGUCGCAGGAGGCUUCAUGGGUCGCAUCCUUGUCGAUGUUGGGUGCAUGGUGCGGGGCCAUGAUCGGUAAUUGGAUAAUGAGAAAAGGCCGACGUUUAGCUCUACGAGUGACAUCUUUACCAUUGACUGCCGCAUGGAUUCUUACGGGAGUCGCACCUAGCGUGGAAGUCGUAUAUUUGACGAGUUUUAUCGGUGGACUGUGCUGUUCCAUUAUCACCAUGGUCGCCCAAGUAUACAUCUCGGAAAUCUCGAUGCCAGGCAUCAGAGGGUGCCUGUCGGCGAUGUUAAAGGUGCUGGGUCACGUUGGCGUCUUGCUCUCUUACAUAGCUGGAACGUAUUUGAACUGGCGACAGAGUGCUCUUCUAGUUGCCGUAGCACCGUCUAUGCUCUUUUUGGGAACUCUCUUUAUACCCGAAACACCGUCCUAUCUCGUUUUGAAUGGAAAGGACGAGGAAGCCGCGAGCAGCUUGCAAUGGUUACGAGGCGAACAAGUGGACAUAAGACACGAGCUACAGGUGAUCAAAACGAACAUACUGGCCUCGAGAGCGAAGCAAUAUGGAUUGACGUUAAGGAGCAGCAUUCUGACGCCACGACUUUACAAGCCAAUCGCCAUAACUUGCGGACUCAUGUUCUUCCAGAGAUUCUCCGGAGCCAAUGCGUUCAAUUACUACGCCGUUAUAAUAUUUCGUCAAACCUUGGGCGGAAUGAAUCCUCACGGGGCAACUAUAGCGAUCGGAUUCGUCCAGUUAUUGGCAUCCUUGUUGUCGGGUUUCCUAAUCGACGUCGUGGGUAGAUUACCGCUCCUGAUUGCCAGUACCGUUCUCAUGUCGUUAGCGUUGGCUGGUUUUGGUAGUUACGCCUAUUACGUGUCCCAAACGCAAAAUCUCGGUUACUCGGAUUCUGCGGUACCUACUGGCGAACACGACUGGAUACCGUUGCUCUGUGUACUGGUCUUCACGACCGCCCUAGCCCUGGGCAUAUCGCCAAUUUCCUGGCUAUUGAUUGGCGAACUUUUCCCAUUGGAGUAUCGCGGUAUCGGUUCUAGCAUCAGCACCAGCUUCAGUUACUUCUGCGCCUUCUGCGGCAUCAAACUCUUUAUGGAUUUUCAGCAAAUAUUCGGAUUACACGGAGCGUUUUGGUUCUACGCGGGAAUGGCGGUCUGCGGACUUUGUUUCGUGGUAUAUUGCGUGCCCGAAACGAAAGGGAAACAAUUGGACGAAAUGAAUCCGGAGUACGCGCAGGCACGGUAGUAUAAGGCCUCCUUGACGGGAGGUUUGUCGAAUCUCGAGAAGGCAAAUAAGCCUUUACCGAGCGGUGCUUAUCCGAACGAGCACGAUCCUCGAGAGAUAUACAGGCCCGAUCAAGUUGGUAUCUCUUCUUCGGCCGGGCCAUCUACGGCUAACUCUGUUCGCGGGGAAUUGGCCAGGCCUAGUCAUCGUUCCUUGUCCGAGUAUUGCGGCAUCUUCGCCGAAAAGACCAACAGAAUAGGCAAAAACGUCGGGAGUUUCAUGCAAUCUCGUGGAUUUUUACCAGCAUCCAGGCAAACAACAAUCGCUAACAACAAUCUUCUAUCCUCGAUUAGAAUCAACGGGAACCUGAACAAGGUAGUUCACGAGACGAGGGAUUCCACGAGAAUCUACGAACAGGAUCGAUAUUACCAAGGUAUAACGACGGUUAGAAACGAUCGCGUUCGUCGCACGUCAGACCGAAAAGACGAACCGAGCAGACCGAAAAGACGAAAUUAUCGGAGAGAAUACGAGGAUCCGAGGAGAAACGUAAACGGUGCUAAGCCGAUCCUGAGAAAUGGCGUCGGUUACGAGAGACCCGAAAGACUACCUUCUUACUGUUCCACUAUUCCGAGACGUAGCAGGACCAUUAAUUUCAAGGAUCAAGCUUAUAACUCCCUGGAGGAGCUACGCGGAUACCCGAAGAGUCUGCAGGAUUUAACGGAUUUCGAGGUCGAGGAGAGAAUAGGAAAUUCUAGCUCAUUCCCGAAAACGAGAACGCGAAGAACAACUUGGAGGGAGGAGGACAUCGGACCACCGGUCGACGACGUUUAUCGUCAAAGGAGAAUGCCAGAACCGGACGAGAGGGUGGAUCCUUUCCUCGAAGACGAUUAUUUGAAAUUUUGUAGAAAUCUUGCGAGGAUGGAAAGAUAUCCUCGGGGUGGCCAUUACAAGCCGGGACAGGUGCACUACGAGAGAGAGUGUAGAACCUUUGGAAAGGACACAUUAGCUUUUAUUUAUUACAAGACUUGUUAUUUGUGAUUUAAGAAAGAAACAUCUGAUCUAAUAUUUUAUAUUAUUUUCCUAUAGGAUUACUUUCUAUAUUUUCGAAAGGAAAAAUGACAUUAUAUUAUAGGUAUUAUAGGUAUUAUUUCUAAAGUGAUUUGCGCUAGAACAAAAGGCAGAACUUCCAUGCAUCGUGCCUUUCUUGAGGAAAAAAAAAAAAGGAAUAAAAAGAAAAGAAAAAACGCGACAAUAUUAACGCCGAGACGAUGAUACUCGAAAAUCUCGUCUCACUUACUACGUGUAUAUAAAUGAUAGAUAAUUAGAUCAAUAAUCGAUUUUUUUUAUUAUAGUCUUUUUCUUCUUGUCAAAGGGAAACGACUGACGUACAUAUGUAUGUAUUAUACAUACGAUUUGUAGGAUUCGCAUAAAAUUCAUAUUUUUCUUUUCUCCAAUCGGACGCGACUCGAUUAUUGUUAAUAUCGAAAUCAAAAUGAAGAAAAAUCUUUCUAUUUACAAUCAAUUUGUACCAGAAAAGAGAUUUUAGCGUAUUAGAAUGAGACGCGAUUCGCGUUGCCUGGCUUAAUUAGAUUAAAAUAUUAAGGACACAAAGGUGCAAAAAGGCAAGCGUCGUUGCUCGUCGAGAUGCUCGGGUCUCAUCCUAACGACUCGAUUGUACGAGUCAAUGACUAAAUUACGACAAUAUCUUUAGAUACGUCUGUAUACACGCGCAUACUUAUUAUCUUUCUUAUAUAUACAUAUACACGUACAUACCAUAUUAUAUAUCGCAUAUCGAAGUAUUGUACGUCACAUAUUAUCUACGUAUAUAAAAUACGCCCACGUACGUGUACAGAUUUACGUAUUUGCACGAGGCUGGUAAAAAGAAAAAAAUGCUAAAGAAAAUCUCUAUCUACAAUAUAAUAUAAUAAAUAUUAUUAUCAUCGCCCGUUGCCAAAUUCAUUUGAUCUCUAGGUUUACAAUUGGAAAUUGACUUGAAACUCAAUUUUGAGUAAAGUUUUGACGGUAUAUAUGUAGGUAACGAGCCACGUAAGCAUAUACGAGUUAUCUCUUCAAAGUAUAAUUUUCAUUCUAUUAUAAAGAAAAGGUGGGAGAGAAAGAGUAAACGUCGACGAAGCCUAACGUUUCAUUUCUUCGAAAAGUUUACCUACGUUUAUAGCUGCCAUUUAAUGAUAUCAUAUUUUUAUAAGAUUUUGUCAACUCUUGUGAAUUAAGGAUUCAAGGUGCAAUGGUUACCUCGCUUAAUCAGCGAGGCAAACGAGAGAAUAUGGUGGGUUUCUAAAAGAACAAAACAAAUCUCGUGGGAAUGAUAUCUGUAUUUGAUAUUUUUAUAUAGUAUGUAGAAAAAGAAGAAUAAGAAGAGGAAAUAAAAAAAAAAAAAAAUGUUAGCUGUCGCGAAAAUUCGACGAAAGAAUUUACCUGUAGUACGACCGAGGCGACGCUCUUACGCAGAAAAAUAUCUGCGAUCGUGAUCAAAAGGCCUAGUCUUCGCGGAGAAAGAUAUUUUUUAGUUUGCAUUGCGCGAGAUAAGAAGAUUAAGGGAUUUUUAUGCUCCUUAUUAUACUCGACUAACACGAUAGAACAUAUCGUUGUUGUCUUUCACCUUGCGAUCGUCAAAUAGAACUUCCAUAAUCAUUUCUAUAUCCUAUAGUAUGUAUAUCCAAGUAUAUGAGUCAUAUCCUCCUCUUGCCACAUCCAAGAUUCUAACGAAAAUGGAAAAAAGUCCGUGAAGCGCGAUUAACGAUUCCGCGUAUAUCGAAUAAAUAUGUCAAAAUCACACAUACACUAGACGGUGCUUUUCGUAGACAAAGCUAGAAUCGAUUUGAUCUUGUUGAAGUCAGCUUUAAACGAUGGUAACAUUUCUUAUAGAGAGUUGCCUCCGACUAAUUGCAAAACCAUUCGAAUAGAUCUUAUUAUAAAUUUCGAACGAUUUUGUGAUAAAUCGGACGUAUCGCGCGUAAUUCGGUGCAGGCACAGUGAACAACAGCAACAACUCGAAGCAAAUACAUAUCACGGAUUUAUCGAAAUAAAUGUACCCUCGAUCGAGAGAGAGAUUUUUCCUACUGCCUUGGUCGAGCGGAAAUACCAAAAAACAAAAACAAACAAAAAUAAUGAUCUCUUUGGGCAAACAUAUCUUGUCGUUAAAUUUGCAGGAUGUUAUAAGUCACUGUGUACUUAAUAAGAAAACAAAGAUAAUAAAAAAAACUUAUAUUAAUAUCUUACGAUGCUGAGAAGGGCUUGGACGUAGUAUCGAAUUAUAUAUUUCUAUCGUUUUAAGAUAUAAUAUAUAGCGCAAGUGCAAUGCUCGUUAAACGAGUGCAUUGAUAUAGCUUAAGAGAAUCGACUUUAGAGUUCUAUAUAUACACCUGUACAUAGAAAAUUUUCGACUAUCGGACUAUCCCGUUAUUUAGUAUUCUCUCUCUUUGCGCCGAACGAAUAAUAAUCCUUAUUCUUGCCAAAGGCACAAUUUGCAAACUUGUCAGAGGGUCUAUUGAAUAUUCUAAAGCGAGUAUUGUUGUCAUCUCUCUCUCUCUCUCUCUCUCUUUCUCGCUUUCACAGCAACAUAUGUCGAGCCUACAUGUGGAUAAAAAUAAAUAUAUUAUAUAUAUAUAUAUAUCAUCCAUAAACAUAUAUAAUUAAACAUAAAAUGUAUCUGCACUGUGCACUUUCGUGAAUUGAAGGUUUGUUGUAAUACUCUUUGCGGAAAGAAAAACGUCGUAUUACCGCACGUAUAGAGAGGAUGUAAAUUAGUCGACGAAUACUAUAGGCGUCUCGUUUUAAUUCUCGCAGCCCCUUUCCUCUCCAACCUCAGCACCCUCAUUUAUUUCGCGUAUUAAUAUGCGCGAAUACAUGAAUACAUAAAUAAACACGAUCACGCGUCAUCGCGUCAUCAUAAUAUGUGCACGUCGGUAGACGUAACGACAUUAUUCAGUUGAAAGUCAUUUGUUAGCAUUAAAAAAUCGCUUGAAAAUGUACGCUAUGGAAUAUAAUCGAUAUAGUAGCCUAUGACUGGAUUAUGGGAUCGACAAAAAAAUCAUGACAAUGACGAAAGAUAAAUAAUAUUUACGACUAGUUUCGCCUAUCGAAUAUAAUAUUUAUAAUAUUUUCAUUAGCUCGAAAAAAAGCGAGCAUUCGAUAUUCCUUACGAGUAGAAAUUACUCGGUGACAAUAAAACGACGAUAGAGAAGCAGAGAAAUAAUCGACAAUAAACGUUACAAAUAAAAGAAAAUAAUCACGAGCGCUGGCCGUCGCGCGCGCGGAUACAUACAUAUACAUUAUAUACUAUGUUAUUGUCAAUGCGUUUAACGUGAACGUUUUGUAAAAUGACUGGGUACUGUAUAGAAUUAUUAUCCAUUCGAAAAGACAUUGUAAAAAACACUGUUAAUAAGUGUCGCUCAAACUAUGAAAUGUCCGAUCAUUAUACAAAAUGUCUAGAGGGCGAAGCUCAAUGUAUAUUGACAAGUAAAUUAAAAAAUGUUUUUUUUAUUAAGACAAUAAAUCCCUUAGUCGGUAAUUAUAUUUGUUGGAGUAAGGUAAAGAACUGUGGUACUUACAAGGAGACCUUACUACGGUUGUGCCCUCACGGAUUUUAACGAGCUUUGAUAUAUUAGUAGUAUACUAGUAGGGUGUUAUCGUGGUAAAUUAUUUUAUCAAAAUGCGGUCUCCUUGUUAGAAUUAUAGAGCAAACACGACCGAUUGCGAUAUGACAGUGACAAGGAGACCUCUAUCAGAAUAAAAGAAUGUGUGGGAAUGAUAAGCAGAUUACAAGCGAUAAGAUGAACAUCAGGAUGAAGAUUAAAAAAAUGUAUAGGCAGAGUAAAGCGAUGAAAGAAUAUCAACUAUUAAUUCAACACUCUGCCCAACGAACUGUGAGCAUGAUAUAAAAUGUUCGGACUAUUUGUGAAAUAUCUGCUCAUUAUACAAAAAAUUAGGCAUUCUACACAGUGUGCGAUCAUUUGAAACAAUGCUCACGUUAAACACAUUGACCGUAACAUAUACAUAUACAUAUAAAGUAUAAAUAUAUAAAUACAUGCGUUUAUAUUAUAAGCUGUUGAAGAAAAAAAAAACAAAGUGAUAACCGAGGGGUGGUAUUUUCCAAAAAAAACCAGAAAACAUAUAUGAAAUUUUACUUAAAAAAGGGUACACGCCUAGCUUCGCUUGCUAGAUUUAAUAUUUUUGUAAUGACGCCUAGAUGUAGUUUGUUUAUACCUUAAUAGAAUAAAAACGUGUUUAAACCUAAAAGAAAGGACAGAAAUCGUCGUGUCCGUUUAGAAACGAAACGUGCGAGUCUCGAAUGUGAGCAAAGCGAGUACGAGUGGUGAAAAGUUGCGCGCGUGUACGCACACACAGACACAAACCCACAUACACACGUAUAAAGACACAUUCGACGGAAAUAAGAAUAAAAGCAGUGUGCGAACUUUAACUCCGAUCAUUGAAUUAGAAGAUGUCUCUAAUCGUGCUUAGAAUUUGUUGUCUUUCUUUUAUUUGCUUUCCUUUAUUACGGUUGUACGAAAUACUUGUAUUUCUUUCUAAUCUCGUUGAAGUCUCGUUAGACUUUAGAGAUAAAAGCCAGUACUAUUAGUUAUAUUUAUCGUAAGAAAUAUAUUUGAAUUGAUUUUUGAGUUAAACGAUCGUACGUAAGGAAUAAUAUAGUAAGAGGUCAGAUAUUGCACAAAAAACAAACACGAAUGAUUGAUCCUGUUGUGUAACGUAGGAGACACUUCUAAAAUCGGUACGGCUGAAGGAUAUGCGUUUACGUUGCGUAUAAAUAUGUAUGUACUUAAGCAAGAAUUCGGUUAGAAAGUUAGUUGGCGUUUCUACGAGCAAACAUUCUCUGGAAGAUUAUUCAGAAAAAUAAACGAUAAAGUUGGAUAUAGGAUCGCUAAUGGCCUUUGGUGGAACCAACAUAUUACGUGUUUAUAUAGAGAAAUCAUAUACACUUAUUAUAAAUGCCAAAAUAAGAAACGAGCAUAACCGAUAACGCAUA